UGACCCAAUAAUUUGCUCUCCCCCCUCCCAAAAAAAAGCCCGGCAACAUUCCAGCCGCACCGCUCGUCCGGUUCCCCCACCACGCCCUCUCGCUCGCUCGCGCGCGCUCUCUCUCUCUCUCUCUCGUUCUACGGCCGGCAGGCAGGAUGAGCAUCGCAACCAGCGGAGGCGAAACACUGGCCAUUUCAACCAACAUGACAAUCUAUAUCAACAAUCUCAAUGAGAAGAUAAAGCUGGAAGAACUCAAAAAAUCCCUACAUGCGGUUUUCUCUCAAUUUGGAAAGAUAUUGGAAGUGCUUGCCUUUAAAACUCUGAAACACAAAGGUCAAGCAUGGGUUGUCUUUGAAGAUGUUGCAUCAGCUACGGAGGCACUAAAGCGGAUGCAAGGAUUUCCUUUUUAUGAUAAACCUAUGAGAAUUCAAUAUGCUAAAACAAAAUCAGAUAUUAUAGCGAAAGCUGAUGGCACUUUUGUACCUCGAGAGAGGAGGAGACCUGAUGAUAAAGCUGAAAAAAGGCGCAGGGAACAACAUCGUGAUGCUAAUCAAGCUGGGUUGAACUCUGCUUACGGUGGAACUUAUGGUACUUUGCCAUUGGUGAGGAAUGCCUUAUUUUUUCACUGUCAUUUUUUUCAUUUCCUUUUUUUCUGAUUUUUUUUUCUAUUU